AUGCCAACAUUAACCAUGCAGUAGCUUUGACAAAGGUUUAGUUUUCAAUGGGAGUGACAAGGAAGGAUGAGGAUUCCGUUUGGAGAGAAGGCGACACUAGAUAGAAACGUUUCAAAGGUGUUUCAGAGUCCUGUGGUUCUGGACUGCUGUGUGUUGGCUCAUCAAAUGAGAAGCAGCAGCGGGUGCAUCGAACUGUGCAACGCUCUGAAAACCGAUACAUUCAAUGCUCUUCUGCAGCACUCGUGGUGAGGUCCAUGGAAGGGACUUUGAGGAUGUGCUGUUCUCUGGCUUUGCUUCUGAUGGAGGGAUGUUUAUGCCAGAGAAUGUUCCCACACUGGCCCCUGACACUCUGAGGAGAUGGGGAGGCCUGUCCUACACACAGAUAGUUGUGGAGGUUGCCUCACUCUUCAUCCCCACACAGUCGAUUCCAAGAGAGGACCUGCAGGCUCUGGUGGGGGCAGCUCUCUCUGGCUUCUCUGUACCUGAGGUGGUGCGUGUGGUGGAGCUCAAGGAUGGACUUUCAAUCCUGGAGCUCUUUCACGGCGACACGUUGGCAUUCAAGGACCUGGCUAUGACCUGCACUGUGCGCUUCCUCAGUUACUUCCUGCAGAAACAGCAACGUCGAGCUACUGUCCUCGUUGGUACAUCAGGAGACACUGGAGGCUCGGCCAUACAAAGUGCCAAAGGUCUCUCCGGGCUGGACGUGGUGGUGAUUUACCCACGUGGACGAGUGACCCCAGUGCAGGAGAAACACAUGAUCACCUGCCUGGACGACAACGUCCAUGUGUUUGCAGCUGACGGCUCCUCUGAUGACAUCGACCAAGCCUUGCGCCGUCUGUUCGCUGACCAGGAUCUCGUCCGGACUCACGGACUGAUCAGUCUUAAUUCGGUCAACUGGUCUCGAGUUAUGAUCCAGCUUGCCCACUUCAUCUUUGCCUACCUGCAGCUCAGCGGUGUGGAGCAGACGGGCACUGACUCGGCUCUGCCCGAGUUGGAAGUGGUGGUGCCCACUGGAGGAGCUGGCAACAUUGCAGCUGGGUGUAUCGUGAAACAGAUGGGUGUUCCUCUGAAGCUGGUCGCUAUGGUGAAUUCUAAUGACAUCGUACAUCGGACCGUGACCUCAGGUGACUUCUCCAUGGCUGCUGAGGUCAAACAAACUCUGGCGUCUGCCAUCGACAUCCAGGACCCGUACAACAUGGAGCGUGUGUUCUGGCUGCUGUUGGGAGGGGAUGGUUCGUCUGUAAGGAAGAUGAUGGAGGAGUUUCAACGCACACAUACGUCCAUCCUGCCAAAAAAUACUCACACACUUUUGUCCAGUGUUAUGUCGACUGGCAGAGUGAAUAAUGAAGGGAUCCUGGAGAUCAUGAGGAGAUGCUGGGAGGAGAACCAGUACCUUGUGUGUCCACAUACAGCUGUGGGCGUCUGGCAUCACUACCACUGUCCUCACAACCCUGGGCUCAGGAGAUGUUACAUUGCCACAGCGUCUCCAGCCAAGUUUCAGGAAGCAGUUCAGAAGGCUGGGCUGACCUUUGAUCAGUUUGAGGAGGUUUGCCACUUAGAUAAGUUACCCACUCGCUAUCAGAACCUGGAGCGAAGUGAGAAGUGGUGCGAUGACUGGGAACAGAGACUGAGAGAAACACUCCAGGCUCUUGACCUGGCCAGGAAGAACAUGGUGUCUUUCUACACUCAAUAAAACGGUGAAUCAGCAAAUUGAGUAGUGAGUUUGUCUGAAGAUCAUUAAAUGACUAAUUUUUUGCUGUUUGUCUCUAUAGUUGAUUUGUUACACUUUAAUGAUGUCUGUAUCUAGUCAAAAAAAUCUAAAAAGAAUCAAUAAAUCAAUUUGUUGUGUCUGUGAAGAUUCAAAAACAUUAAUUUCCAUCAGAAAAAUGUUAGUUAACAAACAAUAUGUUAAUGUUACAUUUGUGAUUAUUUCAAUUGUGCUUU